AUGAUGCAAGAAUCUGGGACGGAGGCGACGAGCAACGGACCAGCCAGUCAAAAUGGAGGAGCCAGCGUGGAGGGCGGGUCCAGGGAGGGGCGACCCAAGAGUGCCACGCCAUCAAUGGAGGUGACAGCAGCUGACCUCCUGCAUCUCCAGCAGCACCAGGCUCUCCAAGUGGCUCGGCAGAUCCUCCUCCAGCAGCAGCACCACCAACAGCAACAGCAGCAGCAGCAGCAGCAGCAGCAGCAGCAGCAACAGCAGCCCCAUUCACAAUCUCAACAAAACACUGGCCGCAAAUCCCCCAAAGCCAAUGACAAGCAGCAAAACCUCCAGGUUCCAGUUUCAGUGGCUAUGAUGACACCUCAAGUGAUAACUCCACAGCAGAUGCAGCAGAUCCUUCAGCAGCAAGUCCUGAGCCCUCAGCAGCUCCAGGUUCUUCUCCAGCAGCAACAGGCCCUCAUGUUACAGCAGCAGCAACUCCAAGAAUUCUACAAGAAGCAGCAGGAACAGCUCCACCUCCAGCUUUUACAGCAGCAGCAGCAGCAGCAGCAGCAGCAUGCAGGCAGCAAGCAGAGUAAAGAGCAGCAGGUGUCAGCACAGCAGUUGGCCUUCCAGCAGCAGCUCCUGCAGGUCCAGCAGGUCCAGCAGCAGCAUCUGCUCAACCUUCAGAGGCAGGGGCUGCUCACAAUCCAGCCGGGACAGACCGGCCUGCCACUGCACUCCCUCACUCAGGGCAUGAUUCCAGCCGAGCUGCAGCAACUGUGGAAGGAGGUGACAAACGCUCACGUGAAGGAGGAGCACAACAACAGCAGCAGCAACAACGGCCACCGGGGCCUCGACCUGUCGUCCCCGGCACCGCCAAAGAACCCACUCCACAACCAGCAUGCCUCCACCAACGGCCAGUACAUGAGCCACAAGAGAGAAGCAUCCACGUUAGAAGAGCCUUCGCACCAAAGUCACCCCCUAUACGGUCACGGGGUCUGCAAGUGGCCUGGAUGUGAGGCGGUGUUCGACGAUUUCCAUUCAUUCCUCAAGCAUCUUAACAAUGAGCACGCCCUGGAUGACAGGAGCACGGCCCAGUGUCGGGUGCAAAUGCAGGUCGUACAACAGCUGGAGCUGCAGCUAGCGAAAGACAAAGAGCGUCUGCAAGCGAUGAUGACGCACCUUCAUGUCAAGUCCACGGAGCCCAAAGCCACCCCACAGCCGCUCAACCUGGUGUCCAACGUCACGUUGUCCAAAUCAGCUCCAGAGGCCUCUCCUCCUCUGAGCCUGCCCCAGACCCCCACCACGCCCACGGCACCCCUCACACCCCUGUCCCAGACCCACUCCGUCAUCACAGCCAACAGCCUCCACAGCAUGGGCCCCAUGCGACGGCGCUACUCAGAAAAGUACAACAUGCCCAUCUCUCCAGAUCUCAGUCAGAACAAAGAGUUUUACAUGAAUGCAGACGUUAGACCGCCAUUCACGUACGCCUCAUUAAUAAGACAGGCGAUCCUCGAAUCUCCAGAAAAGCAGCUAACACUAAACGAAAUCUACAACUGGUUCACACGAAUGUUUGCAUAUUUUAGGCGCAACGCGGCGACGUGGAAGAACGCAGUCCGGCAUAAUCUUAGUCUUCACAAGUGUUUUGUGCGGGUAGAAAACGUAAAAGGGGCUGUGUGGACAGUCGACGAAAUAGAGUUCCAAAAGAGACGGCCUCAAAAGAUCAGUGGAAGUCCGGCCUUAGUGAAGAACAUUCAGACCAGCUUGGGUUAUGGUCCGACCCUCUCUGCUGCCUUCCAGGCUUCAAUGGCAGAAAACAACAUACCUCUAUACACUACUGCUUCCAUUGGAAGUCCCACCCUCAACUCCCUGGCUAACGCCAUCCGUGAGGAGAUGAAUGGAGCGAUGGACCAUGGAAACAGCAACGGCAGUGACAGCAGCCCGGGACGCUCGCCCCUGCCAGCUAUGCAUCACAUCAGCGUUAAGGAGGAACCACUGGACCCCGAAGACCACGAAGGGCCCCUCUCCCUGGUAACGACUGCCAAUCACAGUCCAGAUUUAGAUCACCACAGAGAUUACGACGACGACCAGGGCCACGACGACAUGCUGUAAGGCUAGCGCCGCCCCACCCCCCCCACCCCCUCCCUCACCUCCUCCGGCCUCAGAGGCAGAGGCAGUCUGGGUGAUCUGGGAGAAAACCGCUCCGCAGAUAACAAACACUGAACUGCAGUCUCAGCCACUGAUGACAGCGCUCAAAAUGUCUCCGAGUAAAAACUUUUUAGUGCCAUUACAAUACAUAGCAAGAACACACACAAACAAAACAAAGAAAAAAACCACACCCCCACACGUGGAAUUUUCCUUUUUCUGAUUACUUUCUACUUUUGAUUCAAUUAAAGCUUAAAAAAACAAAAACAAAAAAAAAAAACGUGAAAACGAACUUCAUUUCUACUCGUGUGUGGGAUCGGACUUGUUUGGUACAGGGGGUGCCGGGGACCUCUCGCCGCGCAGCCAGGACGGACUCACACUCGGCGGACUGCUAAGAGGGGUUGUGUCUCUCCCCCACCCCCACCUCCACCUCCACCUCCUCCACCCUCUCUCCUCCUCCCUCUCUCAGACACACAUCUGACCACAAACUCGAGAGAGAGAGAGAGAGAGAGAGAGAGAGAGAGAGAGAGAGAGAGAGAGAGGGAUUGACUGACGUUUAAUUUACACCGCGCGUGAGGGAGAGCGAGUGCGGACUUGUUCAUUGUCACUGCCUUCGACACUUCUCAUUGGUUUUGAUUCCAUCUCGGGUGGGAGGGGAUGUUUUUAUUUGGGUGUAUUUUUUCGUUGGGGGGUUGAGAGGUUAUAGAUUAUCAACAUAAUGUGUCUUUUUUUUCCAUUCAGUGCUGUUGUUGAUGUUGCAUCUUUUUUUGUUCGUUGUUUAAUUCCUUUAAACUGAUCAGACCUCAUGCCCAUGCUGUGGAGAUGCUGUGUGGUCAGCACUUGAUGAUGAAUGUUUAUGAUUUCCUUUCAUGUUGUUCUAUUAAACACACACACACACACACACACACACACACACACACACACACACACAGAUGAAGCAGAAUGUCACAUACCAAGUAGUAUUUUUCUGUCAUUUAUUCCACGAUCUUCAAAAAAAAAGGAAAAGAACAGUCACUCUGACGUGUAGCCCGCCCUCACCCCUCUCCCUCCCCCUUCCUCCCCCAUCUCUUCCUCCUCCUCAUCCUCCUCCUCCCGCUCAUGAAGUCCAUUGGCAAUGCACUACUCAUAAUGAAGGCUCUCUCCACGCAUCAAUGAAGUUUAAUUUAAGAUGCGAAUGAAUGACAGAGAAAUCAUGCAGGUUAUGAUUUAUCCUUAUGAAAUUACACUUUAAAACAGCCCCUCACGGCAGAGCAUGUUGAGCUGCAACAGAAUUUCUGAUCACUUACAAGCUCCGGGUUUUUGUUUUUUUUUUUUCCACGGAAAAUGAAAAUGUCAGGUGUGCACCGGCGAAAGAUAAUGAUUUAGACCAACUAAUUGUGAUUCCUGAACACAACUGUCAUUGUUAAUCAAACGUGUCUGCCUUUUUCCACGCUGUAAUUUCAUUCAGUGCUUGAAGAUAAACGUGCAUUCCCUGUAGUUUUUUUUAUUUGUAUCACACGCAUGGCUAGUUUAAGGUUUGUGGUGAGUGUUAAUAAUUGCACACGGGAUGAAAAAAAAAAAAAAAUGCUCACUUUUCCUUUUUCAUCGAGGGGAGAAAAGACUUGCAAUAAGACCUAAACAUUGCACAUUCCAGCAUUUGACAGCCAUCACAAAAGGGCCCAAACAUCCAUACAUGCCAUUUAGGGAAAGUGGAGACCUCGACGUUCAGUGACACCCAAAAAGCCAAUAGAUGUAGUCCACAGCAUUGAACUGAGUGGAAUCCACACGUGGUUUUGUGAUGCAGCGACAUAAAAUAAAUUCCAGCUUUGGUAGGGAGUCAAAUUUGAAAGAGACCAUGAAUUUCAAGACUGCAGUCAACCACUUUUUAAUUUGCUUUUAUUUAUUAUUAGUAUUAUUAUUAUUUUAAGUUUUAUUUGGCUUUUUUUUAUUUUCAGUUGUUGAUGUGUUUGAUUAUCUUGUUCUGUGACUACCAAAGAUAAACUACAAAGUCAAUGUUGUGUGUUCCAUGCAAUAGCAGAUAAGGCCAAAUAUCUCUCCUCCAUUCUCUCCCAUUGGCCGCGAUCGAGCCGGUGGCAGAUCUAAUCGAGGGAAGAAAAAAGAAAAAAAAUUGCUCCUCAAGCUGGUGUUUCAUUCAUUUUUAUAGAAAAAUGUAAAAAAAAACAAAAAAAAUAACAAAGGGGGGUGUCUCGAACAGGGCAGCUGCAGUGAAAUUUGCAGUGACCAAAAGUGAAUGGGAGGCGCUGACAGUCUGACUACAUGAUGACCAAAUUAGGGAAACUUCUUUUUUGUCUUUGGGCCAGUGAGUGGAAAAAGGGAGCUUUUUGGUCAGGAGCAGAUUUUGUGUGCAACAUAAAGGCUAUGUAGAUAAAAGGAAAAAAACAAAACUAUACUGGUUAAUGGGAAAAAGCUUUGCAGAGAACAAUGUGAAACGGAUUCUAUGCUUCAACUGGACCACACAAUGAUUCAAUGUUUCUCUUCUUUUGAUUCCUUCUUCAUUUGUAUCCUUUUGUAAUGAUUGUAUGCCACUUUUUAGGGGGGUUUUAGCGUCUUUGUUAAGAUUGGCAAGACUUUAUGAUUGUGUUUAGUUUCUGUCAACAUAUUACUUUUUAUAUUAAAAAACACUCCUGUCAACAAAUAAGCUGGGUACAAGGUACUUUAUGGCAGUUAUUGUUAUUAUUAUGAUUAUUAUAUUUUUUAAGUUCACCGCUCAUUAAUUACAAAGAGGAAAAGGGCAAUCUGUGGUUUCCAGAAGAUGUAUUUAAUAUCCAGGCAGCUGUGGGAUGGGUCAGUUACAGCCGGGCUAGGAUCGUGAGAACGGGGGGACCAAGCUCAUCCACAAAAAAACCUCCAGCCGCCUCGUCCGGCUGGUUUGUUUGGUAUUUCGAAAAAAGAAGGAGGAGAAAAAUAUGGCUGGUUAGAUUAGAACAUUCUCAGCAUGUGUAGCUCGACAUUACUAAAGAUAACAGCAUGAGAAAAAAACCGUUUGUACGCAUACCUCAGUUCAAACCUAUAGGGAAUGAGUCAACUAAAUGAGAAAAAAAAUAAACAUUUCACUCAGUUGCACUUAGUCGUAUGUCUUGCAUGUGUAGUCUGAUACUGUAGAAAGAAAAUGACUUAAAGAAAAAAAAAAUGAAAUUAGAGCUUGUUUAUCUUUAAAGGCUUCAUCCUUUUUUUUCUGUUUUUUGCCAAACCAAUCCAAACCUCAGGCCUUUUUUUGUUCAUCAAAAAACAUCACCCAGCUGUGUGUGGCACCGUUCAUCCUGUCAAAAGUCUGUUCUCCGAUGUACUGAUGGGUUGUUUUAAAGGGGCGUUCCAAUAUUAGGUUGUACAUACAUGUCGGUAUAGCCUUUUUGUCUUUUCCUGUCCUCUUCCUCCCUCUCUCUCUCUCUUUCUCUCUCUUUUUUUUAAGAUCAAAAAAUACAUUUGUGUUAUGAUGUUUGCUUUAUCGCGACUGCUUUGUAUUAACUAUGAAAUAGCUAUGAGAAAAAAAACUGCUGUAUGUAUUGGAAUAGCAAACUGUGCUGCAAAUGUAUUUUACUUAGUAAUCCUUGCUUUAAAAAAAAAAAAAAAAGAAAAGAAAAGAAAAAAAAAAUCACAUCAUCCACGCAGACGUCUGGGUGAGCUGGGCAGGGGCAGGCCGGGGGGGAGAUUAUCCCCCAUUUUGGAUUUUAAACUGUAAUAUAGAAAAACAGACUUUUCUCUGUUAUCAUUGACCUAAGCAUUUUGUACAGAUUUUUUUCCCUCUUUGUGUUAAGCUGUUUUUUGAUACUUCCUUUUGAUGGUCCAACCACUGCCUUCUGUGGCUGUAUGUUAAAGAUUACUGCUCGGAGAAAAGGGCAGACAGGUAUAUUUCCUCUAUGAGACGGAGAUAUCUUGCAUGACUAAUCCCAGGGUCACAGAGACGGGAGGGGGUGGGGGAUAUGGUUUUAAGUGGUCAGUAAUAAUAUAAGGGUGUAUCAAUCUAAUGAUAUUUUAUAUGAAAUUAAUAGGAAAAAGAAAAAAAUAUGCAGUGCCAAGAUGUAAAGAAUAUUGUUAAAUGCUGUUUUUGUUUGUUUGAAAAUUUCAUUUCACUCGCGCAUCCAAGAUGUGUCCUCCUCGUCAUCAUCAUCAUCAUCAUCAUCAUCAUUAUCAUCAUCGUCAUCACCAUCCAUGUCAUGUAGGUGAAAACACACAUUCUGUUCGGCAUCAAGAUAUUUAUAUUUUUAUCUCAAGGGUCACUGUAAAUGAGUCAAACCAAGCACAGCAGGCAGGUCGAAGGUGAGACGCUGCUGGAGACUUUAACGUCCUGCAAACUGCGGCCGCGUGGCAUCAGACCCCCCCCACCCCCCACCCCCCCAACAUCACAUCACACACUGGCACCCGAGCUCCAACGGCCUCGUUUUCAUCCAUCGCCAACCAUCCAGCCCGCUGUCAUUCCGUCCCCCUCUUUCUCCCUCUCUCACACCACACUUUUCUUUUUCUCUCUUACAGAUGGAGGGGGAGGGGAGGGAGGGAGGGAGAGGGGAGAGGAGGGGAGGCGGGUGUGCAGCCCAGGAGCUGUCACGGUGCUCUCAUCCUGCAGCAGCUUUUCUUUUCUCUCUCUCUCUCUCUCUCUCUCUCUCUCUCUCUCUCUCUCUCUCUUGUUUUUUUUUUUCUUUGAAGAUGUACUCUGUAGUUUCUUUUUCCUGUUUUUUUUUUUUUUAGAGAGAAAUAUUAUUGCUCAUCACUUCCAUCAGUCUGUAACCUCCUCAUCAUUCCUCGUCUGUCUGAUGCAGACCACUCUGUUGUAGUCAGUGGCGACGACUGACGUGAGCAUUCUAAACAUGCAAUAAAAUGCUGGUUGUUCA